AUGAUGCAAUUAACUGCUUUGACAAGGCAAUUCAAAUAGAUCUUACUUAUGUCAAUGCCUAUUUAAAUAAAGGUUUAUAUAUAAUUUGAUUAUAAUAGGCAGUUCAUUACAUAAAUUAUAAAAAUAUAAUGAUGCAAUUAAUUGCUAUGACAAGGCAAUUCAAAUAGAUCCUAAUUAUGCCGAUGCCUAUUUAAAUAAAGGUUUAUAUAUAGUUUGAUUUUAAUAGGCAAUUCAUUAAAUAAUUUAUAAAAAUAUAAUGAUGCAAUUAAAUGCUAUGACAAGGCAAUUCAAAUAGAUCCUACUUAUGCCAUGGCCUAUAACAAUAAAGGUUUAUAUAUAAUUUGAUUUUAAUAGGCUUAUCAUUAGAAUGCCUCAAAAAAUAUGAUUAAGCCUUAAAAAAUUACGACUAAUCCAUAAUGAUUAAUAAAAUAAAUGCUUAAGCCUAUAAAUUAAAAGGUAAUUUUUGAUUAUUCAUAAAAGGUUCUUUAUUAACUUAACAGAAGAAGUUUUUACAAGCUAUUAAAGUUUAUGAGCAAGCAAUUCAGAAUUGCUAAACAGACCAGAAUGAAUUUAAAAAACUAAUUUAAGAAAUAAAAAAUAAAAAAUGA